AUGGCCGAAGAGGAGGAGUUAUCUCAAGGCGAGGAUGACUUUAACGUCAUGCAUCCCUCUAGACCGACAACACCGGAGCUCGAUCUUGACCCGGAGCAGAUGCCUCGAUGGUUGUUUGGAGAAGAGGUCAUUGAUGUGACGAGGGCUUGCGAACCGGUCAAGCCAGAAAAGAUAUGGAAAAAUUAUCGGGCCCGUCGAGAAAAGACGGAUUGGUAUUUGGUUGAAGAUUUACUGGGUGAGUGGUUGGGGCCGACGGUGAGUAGCUCUGAGGAUGAAGAGGCACCUGUCGACGACGAGGAUGAUGGUUAUUAA